AUGGCUACAAGAUUGAUCACAUUAGCUCUCUUCACCCUUUCAGUGUUACUACUAAUUUCCUUGUCUGUCGGUGUCGUCGCUACUGCAACAGAGCAGCCGCAGCAGCGGAGUGAAGCGGAGGUGCGGCUGAUGUACGAGCGAUGGCUUGUGGGGAAUCGGAAGAAGAGCUAUAAUGUUCUUCUUGGAGAGGAGAAAGAGAAACGGUUCAAGAUCUUCAAAGACAACUUGAAGCUCAUCGAAGAACACAACUCGGUUCCGAACCAGAGUUACCAUCUCGGGUUGACCCAGUUUGCGGAUCUGACUGAUGAUGAGUUUCAAGAUAUGUACUUGAGGGGGAAGAAGAUGGAUAAGAUCAGCGGAUCAGAUAUAGGAGAUAGGUAUUUGUACAAGGAAGGAGAUGUUUUGCCUGAUGAAGUCGACUGGAGAGACAAAGGUGCUGUUGUUCCAGUCAAAACACAAGGAGACUGUGGAGCUUGUUGGGCGUUCUCGGCGGUUGGAGCGGUGGAAGGUGUAAACAAGAUAGCAACAGGAGAGUUGAUAUCUUUGUCGGAACAAGAACUCAUUGACUGCGACAGAGGUGUCGACAACUUUGGAUGUCUUGGAGGUCAAGCAGAGUUCGCUUUUGAGUUCAUUAUCAGAAACGGUGGCAUUUUGGGUGAUCAAGUUUACCCUUAUAGUGACAAUGACACUGCCGCGUGCAAGCGCAUUGAGAUGGUUACAGCUCGUUUUGUUACCAUUGAUGGUCAUGAGGGUGUUCCUCAAUAUGAUGAGAUGUCUUUGAAGAAAGCCGUUGCUCAUCAACCUAUUAGUGUUAUGGUUGAAGCUAAUAACAUGAAACUCUACAAAUCUGGAGUGUUUACAGGACCAUGUGAUAAUUGGUAUGGAAACCACAAUGUGCUAGUCGUUGGGUAUGGAUCGUCAUCAAGUGGUCAAGACUACUGGAUUGUUCGUAAUUCAUGGGGAUCAGAUUGGGGAGAAGAAGGAUACAUUAGGCUCGAACGUAACUUCCAUAACUCUACAGGGAACUGUGCGGUCGCAGUACGGCCUGUAUACCCAGUCAAGUCGAACGCGUCGUUUGCUUUGUUGUCUGCAAAUGUGUUUAAAUUGGUUUGCUUAUUGUUAGGCCUUGUUUUGAUAUAA